UUCCAGCCGUUAGAUCGUGAAAAUCUCGUGAAUGAACCCUCAGAUCUGAAGAGCGAACAAGAACCACAAACUUAGCAUGGAAGUGAUGUUACAAAGGCCUCCAAAUUACUCCCCCAUUUCUUCCUCAAUCUCCCCCACACAAAAGUAGAUCGUUCAGUAGAGAUGGCCACCGUCACUACUCAAGCUUCCGCCGCCGUUUUCCGGCCAUGCGCCGCCCGAUCGAGAUUCCUUACUGGUUCUUCCGGCAAACUCCACCGUAUGCUGUCGGUUAAACCAGUCGCUGCUUCGUCUUCUUCAUCCUUCAAGGUUGAAGCCAAGAAGGGAGAGUGGUUGCCUGGUCUGCCAUCUCCGGCAUACUUAAAUGGCAGUCUUCCAGGGGAUAAUGGAUUUGACCCACUGUCUCUAGCCGAAGACCCAGAGAACUUGAAGUGGUUCGUGCAAGCGGAGUUGGUGAACGGCCGGUGGGCUAUGCUGGGUGUCGCCGGAAUGCUUCUGCCGGAGGUUUUCACGAAGAUUGGAAUCAUCAACGCUCCUCAAUGGUACGACGCCGGGAAAGCAGAGUACUUCGCAUCGUCUUCGACUCUGUUCGUGAUCGAGUUCAUCCUUUUCCAUUACGUGGAAAUCCGAAGGUGGCAGGACAUCAAGAACCCCGGCAGCGUGAACCAAGACCCCAUUUUCAAGCAAUACAGUUUGCCCCCAAAUGAAGUGGGUUACCCCGGUGGGAUUUUCAACCCCCUCAAUUUCGCUCCCACUCAGGAAGCCAAAGAGAAGGAACUAGCCAAUGGGAGGCUUGCGAUGUUGGCGUUUUUGGGGUUCAUUGUGCAACACAACGUGACAGGGAAGGGGCCGUUUGAGAACCUUUUGCAGCACAUUUCUGACCCAUGGCACAACACCAUUGUGCAGACGUUUAGUGGCAACUAAAUUUGGUUUGUAGGAAGAAGGUUGGUGUGUUAAAAGUAAAUGGUUGAGAUUGUUUUGAGAGCUUGUUUUUGGAAUGUGAUAUGAAACAACAUAGUGGAUCUCAGUGUACAGUGGUGGGAGGCUUCCCAUGUAGCUUGGAUGUUGUUUAAAUGACAUGAUCCUUCCACUUAUUACACAUUCCAUGAACAUGAAUUGCCUUUUGCAGCUUCA